AUGAUGGCGUCUUCUCAAUCACGCCAACAGUAUGCAGGAGCGAUGGCAACUCAAGUAAAUGGAUUAAGCAGCUACAGCGAGAAUUGCGAGAUAAUUAUUCGGCAAGAACCAAAUUGUGCUCGGGUCUCGCUGGGAAAAGACAAAGAGCGCAAGCCUGUUGACCCUCCCCCCAUUAUUCAACUAAAAGUUAGCCCGAAUGUUGAUCCAAAACAAUCAUUUCUUCAAAGUCCCUACAUAUUUAUGUCAUGCACUCUGAUUGGACCGAAUGACCAUAAUCAGCCACCAGGAACCUUGGGUGCUAGUUUGACUGGAACGGUAGUUUCAUCUUUACAUAGACUCAAGGAUACCGACAAUCAAGAUGGCGGCUUUUUUGUCUGGGGCGAUCUGUCAGUCAAGCUGGAAGGACAUUUCAGAUUCAGAUUCAUCCUUUUUGAAAUUUUCGAAGAUCACGGGAUAAAGGUUCGGGUACGCAAGGAACAAAAUCGUACUCUUAUCAGAAAAAGGGGAAUGGCUCAUGAAGAUUACGAGAACCAGCACUAUGGACCCCGGAAAAUGAAUGCCAGCCAGGUUAGAGCAAAGCAAAACAAUCGUGAAUCUCAAGAGAUGGUGCGAAGCUUAGAAUGUCAACCAGAUUCUGUAGAUGGUGCAUAUGAUACACGCCAACAAAUGGAUCGUCAAUACUCUUCACAAUCUCCACCUUCUUUUGGAUGUCCCGUCUCAUAUGAGGAACCAUCAAAGAGGCCACGUACGUCGAGCGAAACGGCUCAUAUACCUACCUACAUUCAACCAAAUCAACCGAUGGCCUAUCAGCCAAGGCCAUACACCGAAUCUAAUCAAGCCAAUUUCUUGUCGUAUGGCAAUCAAUCACAGCCAACUGGUGCCUUCAGCUACACGUGUGAUCCAUCUCCUGUAUUUUCUCAUGCAAAUGCCUCUCGCCAUCAGUAUUUUGCGCCUCACUUAGACACUGGAGAGCCUCCUUCGCCAUAUGAGUUACAAGCACAGAGAUCGCCUACAAACGCAUAUUUCCCAAAUCACCAAACUAAUUAUGCUGGCUCGAUUAUAUCUAAUCUUCCACGAAUAGAUUCUAAUCAUACAUCAUACGAUAAUUUGGGGAUAAAUAGCAGAGGUCAAGCAUCACCAGCAAGUAUCCCUUCGAUGGCCGAUAUCACACCUUCAAUGUACGCUAGAAUGAGUACAGGCGUGGCCUACGCAAAUGUAUCUCUCUCCCCACCAGAUCGAAGGGACGCUUAUCAAGCAUAUUCCGUACCCUCGGCUUUUCCCAAUGAAGCUGGGAGUUUUCUAAGUCGACAUCCAGGUAUUACCGCUAUAGAAGGGGCUGGACCCCUAGAAGGGGGCUACUAG